AUGACAGAAGAUUUCCUAAGAGCAGAAUUUUUGCAGAAGUGUGAUGGUGUAGUUUAAAUGUCCGGCCGUUUCCGCUAGAAGCAGGCGCAGCAGUGUGACGGAGGAGUGUGACGGAGGAGUCAUGCUGAAGUGGAGUGUGUUUGUGUAUGUGGUCGGGGUGAUGGUGGCUCUGCUCCACCUGCAUUACACACACAGGAGGAUGCUGACCGAGCUGCAGAGCGUCCGGACCGAGUGCAGCAACUUCUACUGCUAUUACUGCUGCUCUGGGGUGGACCUCAUGACACUGGCAUGUGGGAGCAGUAGAGAGAAGCGGGACGUGUCCUCACAGGGGACAAAGAGAAAGAAGAGACAGACAGAACAGCGCACGUUCCUGCACCUGGUUCCUGCCUACACACACUCAUAUGAUGAGCGCGAUACGACCGUUCUUACCUGGGGGGUUGGGCGUAGCCAGGGGGCGGGGCUUCAGCUAUCAGGGGGCGGGGAGUCCAUCACCGUGGUGACCGAAGGCUUGUACUUCAUUUACAGUCAGGUCCUCUAUAAGGAUCCCACCUUCGUCAUGGGUCAUGUGAUCACUCAGCGUCUGAAGGGGGCGGAGACUAAACUGAUGAAGUGCCUAAAGAGCAUGCCCACUAAUGUGAGCGUGCCUCUGAACACGUGUUACACAGCAGGCGUUCACUUCCUGGAGUCUGGGUCAGUUCUGGAACUUUCUGUUCCCCGGAGAUCAGCUGAGCUGGUCAUCUCGGCUCAGGCCACCUUCAUGGGAAUCUUCAGCAUCUGAACUCCUUUAUAUAUAUGUGUGUGUGUGUGUGUGUGUGUGUGUAUUUCAUUGUGAGCAGAUUUUUAAUAAGAAAGAGUGAUUCUGAUCCGGUGCACGUCUCAUCCUCAUGUGUCGUGUUGUGUGAGGAUCUGGCUCCACCGUGACGUGAUGCUAAGAAGCUCCGGUACCACAUUACAGCGACACCGCUAACAUCACACACAUUCGCCUCUCAGCAGUUACUGUAGCGACUGUUUGCUAACAUAAAACCUACUCGUGUUAGCUGUGUUACCUUUCAUUCGUGCGAUAUGGUGGUGUGUGUACAGAAUUCUCUGUAGUGUUUACCAGACAGAUCUGAAAUCAUGGGAGUUUGUUAGUAAAGUGAAAUGAUAUGGACUGAUCCAUAACUGAGAGUGCCAUGCUAGGUGAUGUUAGCUUCCUCCUCCUUCUUUUGCUUCUUCUUCUUUGCUGUUUAACAUCAGUAGGUACAUUACCACCAACUGUAGGUACUUGUUAGCUUAGGGUAGUUUAUCAAACACCGAGCCUAGGUGCUGGUGUCUGUUGCUUUGGUAACGCGACGUCUGUGAAUUCAGGGGCGGAGCUUCAAAAGGAGCGCUGAGGUGGAGCUGUUGAGUUCACAAAGAAUUGCUUAUCCCCCCUUUAAGGAAAGCUCAUAGGGAGGUUAUAAGCGCUAUAUAGGACUUUAAUCAUAUCUGCGUGCACGCACACACACACACACACACACACACACACACACACACACACAAUCUAAGUAUUUCAGACCCCAAUCUAUUAAAUCCUGCUCUAUUUUAAAGGUUAUGGAGACACCUAGUGGAUAAACUGGGAACUACAAUCAUACAAUCAUAUCAUGUAUUAAAUUAUCCUAAAUAUCUUUAUUUUCUUUACAACCAAAACUGAACAGUCACGUGUGCUCAUGCGUUUUUUUUAUGCUAAUCCUUUUUUAUAGUGUUUCUGUGACUUCUGAAUUUUAACCUUUUGAAAAUAGUUUUGUAAAAUCUACAGAAAUGUGUGAAGUGUUUCAAUAAAACACAUCAGACUGUCCUGUGGUCCUCAGAAUCGAGAAAUAACCCAAAACAAACUAACUAACUAAAAAAAAUAAACAUUUUGUCACAUUACUCAUAUUAGUGAAUGAAUGCUUAAAAUGAAGUAAUCAUGGUAAUAAUAAUAAUAAUAAUAAUAAUAAUAAUGAAAUCAGUCAUGUCUUUUGAAAGCUCUGGGGCUCCAACAAAUGCAUAAAGAUCAAUGUCAUAAGAAAACAACGAUAACUUGCAAUAUGUUAAUGAAAAAAGAAAAUAACAUAUAAAGAGUCAUAUUCAGAAUAAAUCCACUCUGUUAUAUACAGAGGGGCCCAAAUGUUCAGGAUACACACUCCAACUGUUCUUAUCUAUGCCCUUGGAAUGGAAUUCAAGGGAUGAUUUAAAAUUUUUAAAUAAUAAAAUCGUUUCUAUGUGUAAAAAAAAAAGAAUUAUAAUAUUGUACAUGUUGAAACAUUUUGUUUGUUUGUUUAUAUUACCGCACUGAG